AUGGAGAAUACGGAGCCGCUCCCUCGCCACGUGAAGCUCCGGCAUCGAGCAUUGGCCUAUGUUCGUCGAUUUGGAAGACAACACCAACCAGUCAGAGCGGCAAGUCGACGAAGCUUCACCAACGGUAAUGAAGAACGCAGUAUUAACGACUCAACCGGACGACGCCCGAUUGUUCGAAUUGCAAGUAAACGGGGUUUCGUAGACUCUGGUGGGAUUCGAAUUGGGAACCGCAAGAGUUUUGAACAACUGAAUGGCCUCAACUCCACACUAAAAGAAAUCAAGCCCAACACACGAAGCAGAACAGCCAGUAAAGCGCGGUGGAAGCCCAACAAAACUCAAGAAAAUCAUAACAAACGUCGCCAUCGUUUCCUUGCAUCGCUUCAGAAUCAUGAAGAACGUAGAUUUGGAAUGAUCUGCGGGUGUGGCGUCGAGCAGGAUGCAUUCGACCCCGACACCACGUCUCGCAAUAAAGACCGCAGUGUUGAUAUGCACUCUGUCGGUGCCCUGGUUGCCAGGUUUGACAAUGGCUUUGGCUUCACGUGUGCAAGCCCUGUAGCCUGUCCGCCACCUCUCGGUCUCGAACCAACGCGCACGGUCACUACAACGCUCCAGCUACGAUCGCGAGAUGGAAAGAGGAGUGAAAAAUUCACGCUCAGCGACAAUAGUGGUUUCUCGUCGACGGGGUUAAAACGUAAAGUACCAUCAACGUCUUCGGGAUACCCGUCUCAUUCUCCUAUCACACCACCAUCGCCGUUCGUGAACGACUUCGCCCCAGCAAGCACAUUGAAGAACACUCGAAGUCGUUCGCGCGUAUCUGUCGGGUGCAACGGAUGGUUCUUGAAUGACGAUGACCCGGCCAUCGUAGGCUGGUACCGACGCGGUGAAGUCAAGCCCCACGUAACCACAAUGGUAUCUCGAGAAAGUGAUGCGGAUUUUGGCAGGAACUUGCUGAAACGAUACAAGAUAAACCCCCACGUUACGGGGGCGUCGCCCCCAGCAUUAUCACCGUCAGGGUCGUUACCAGACUUGAACUAG